AUUCUGCUCCAGUUGCCUACACUGCAGCACACAGACAGAGCUGGAGAGAGAAGGCACGGGACCUGUUGAUAUCACUGCAAUGACUUACAGCACUUACAGAGUGGAUUGUACACUGGAUUUUAGCACUUGGAGUUGACUUUUAUUUUUACUUAUUUAUUUAAGUUUGGUAUUUCGUCUGGUGCCUAAAUGCUGUCACUGGGCAAAAUGCACUCCAGAGCAAAGUCCCGGAGUUGUGACAACUACCUGAGUAUUAAGGACACUGAGUCUUUGGAUAGCUGUAUCCAGAGCACCUUGUCAGCCCUGUACCGGCCCUUCAGUGCCACCGCUGCCACCGUCCUGUGGCAGCUCUUCAGUGUGGUGGAAAGGCAGUACCGAGGAGACGGCCUCCGCUGCCUCAUUGACUUCUUGCUUCCUGCCAAGAGGAUCUUGCAGAUCAUCCAACAAGAAACCUGUGUGAGGUUCAGAGGAUUGCUGUUCUAUCAUGAGGGGUGGCCUCUCUGCAUCCACGAGAAAGUCGUCCUGCAGCUUGCCCCUCUGCACAAAGUGCGCCUAAAGCAAGGAGACUUCUACCUACAGAUUGUUCCUUUAGGCCGCAAGACUGCCAAGCUUGUAAUAAAAUGUCUGUCGGUCAGUGGGCAGGCCAUCACAGAAGUCCCCAUUGCAGAGAGCAUGUAUGGCAGCGUCUUCACAGCUGAGUUCUUGCAGAAUGUAACACGAGACCGAAAUCUGCACCCACUACAGAACUGUCUGCUUACCACUGGUACAGCUGUGUACAGGACGCCCUGGAAGAACGUGGUCAACCCACUGUUUGUCAGCAGCACGGCGGACGCCAUCAUGCAAGCACGCUGCAGCAGAGGUGGCUUCCGCGGCCAUCUCAGCACCUGCAGCACCAGUGGAUCCACGGGUACUCUGGACAGCCACCGCAGCUCCAGAGAGUCCCUGCACUCUCAGGGAGCUGACUCCAUCUUCUCUGAGCCCACCUCCCCAAACACACACCGCAUGGACCCCAGCAGUGAGAACCACAGUGUUGGUGCACCGGACGCUGCGGCACCUAUCAUUAAAAUCGAAAGACCCACUGAAGAGAGUGGCAUAGGGAGUGAGGAUAGUGGUGGGAGAGAGAGAGGGUCCAAGAUGCUUUCUUUUAGUACGGACCUCAGUAACCCAGGCCCUCGACGCCGCCUCCCAAGGGACUCUGUUUCAUUUGAGAGCAGGAGACUUUUCAGAAAAUCUUACAUGGAGGCACUGCAGAACCCCAUGAGCCUCGGUUCCAGCUCUGAAUCCAUCCUGGAGGAAAGCCCAGAGCACAGUGCUGGCCUACGAGAGAGCCCAGUGACACCAGGCAGCAGCCCCGACACCCGGACCUCCUCCAGAGAACACUUAUCUUGGAGGUUGGGUAGUCGGAGCUGGCUCAGUGGUGAUGACUCCAGGCCCAGCACACCUUUACUUUACUUACAGAGGGGGUUGAGGAGCGCAGAGAGACGGGCAGAAAGACGUUCAAAGUCACUGGAAAGGACUAACAAGGCAGGCCAGGUUAAAGGCUACCGGGAACGAUCCUCCUCUGGAGGGUCAGCUAGCACCUCCCCCAAAAAGCUGAUGAAUGGCUACUCUCUUCGUUUUGGGAAGCUGGAUGUGGAGGCGGCUUUUCCUGGUUCUGAGAGGAGAAGCAGCAAAGAGGAGUCAGGACAGUGUGAUGACAUCAUCAGCAGUGAGAGCAGGCGGCACAGGCAUAGUGGAGAAGAGUCACACAGUCCUAAAGCUGCCAAUGGGACUGCCAUCAGGCCUGCUUCAGAAUCAGGCUCUUCCUAUGAGAGGAACUCCGCUCUCCCCAAACUGGUGUCAGGGGUCAAUCAAGACCUGCUCACAUCAGGUGCUGUGAUCCUGCCAGGAACAGGCCUUAACAGAGCGAAAGAAAGGUGUGAUCAAGGCUUAACUGUUGUAAUAGACAGCAGGAGGCAGCAGCCUGUUCCAGCUCUGUUGUCAUCUCUGUCUGAAUUGCAGGCGUUAGCACCAAAUGCACUUUACACUGUUCUCUUCCUGGUGGACAAGGAGACAGCAGCCAAACCUGAGAGAGACACCAAUGUACAAACUGAAACACUGUCUUCUCUGAAAGCCCUGCUGAAGCACAUCGACCAAACCCAGCUCACACGAGACCUGGAGGGCACCUUCCACUACGACCACAACCACUGGAUCAGCUUCAGACAGAAAAUUGACCCGUUUGCCAGCAGUUGUAGUGCAGCCAUCUCCUCCCUUCAGGAGUCCAUCAGCACACUGAGCAACAGCGGCAACCUGAAGACCUCCAAGGAGGUGUCUGAGGUGAUGGAACAGCAGAGGCAUCUCAUGAAGUGCGUACUGGAUGACACCCGUCUAAACAGACUGCGUCUAGAAGGAGGAACUGUCCUCGCUCGCAUCAGGAAGGAAGAGGCCGGUGACAAUGAAAACUACAGAGAUGCUGUAGACAUGUUGAAUGCACUGUACAACCAAGUAGAUGAAGAAGUCCAUAAGCUUGUGAUCCUUUCCAACAAGUCUCAGAAACAGUUAGAGAGCCUGCUGGAGGUGCGCAAGUUUGAGGAGCAAACACAACAGAUCAAACUCUGGUUCAGUGUUGAGGGAGAGAAGCAGCUCACACCUUUGGAAUUGCAAACUCUGUCUGUGCCCAAAGUUAAGGAGAUGAGAGAGAGCUUGGACCAGUUUCUGGAGGAGUCAGUGCACCAGCAGAGGCAUGGCUUGCAGUUGGUGAAAAAGUCUCCGGAGUCCCUUCCAGGUUCAGUCCUGCUUGACUUUAAACAACAUCUGGGCUCUAUCUUAAGCAGUGUGGAGAGGAGGAAGGCCCAGCUAGACAUCCUAACCAACCUGUAUGAUUUCUAUGACUCAGCGAACCAGUGGAUGGAGCACUGCCAGGAUUAUUUUUGUCAACUGAGUCUGGACAGUACAGGUGUUGGACUUUCGCCAUCUGUUGUGCAGAUACUGCAGGAUUACUACACUGAGGCAUCCAAGUUCUCCAUGGACAACUUCAGCACCCUCAACGACAUGGUGCUCUCCCUGGAGAGUCCUCAGCAGCUGCAGCAGUGGAACACAGUGUGGCACAAAUGUCAGCAGACCAAACAGCAGUUGGAAGAGACUUUGGCCCGAGCCAUUGCAGCAGCCCCGAACCUCACAGCCGUGGAUACAGCGGAUUCAAUAAAGACUGCAGGAAGCCAGAUUGCCACUACAGAACAGCGUGGAGCGAAAGCAUGUGUGCUUUUACCUGCGGUAAUCCCACCAUUGACUUUUGAGGACAACAAGCCUCACUCUGCUGGGCCUUUCUCCAAGAGCCCAACCAGUUCAAUCUCCUCCUCCUCACACUUCACAUUCUCCCCCGACUGCGAUAGCAAACUGAGACAGAGUCCGUCCUUGUUUGACGACACGGACAGCGACUGCACCAUCGACUCGACCAUCUCCUGCCACUCGGAGCCCGUCUACUCCGGUGCCACCCGCCUCCGCAAGCAGCCAAUGAAGAAGAUCAUGAAGAAGACAAUGAGCUAUGAGUUGACCCCUAGGGACAGUGGUCACUCAGACGUCAGCCACAUUCACGGCUACACGGGUGUGUACAUCAAGGGUUUGGAGGUGGCUAAUAACGUGUCUGCAGAGAAGAAGCUGCAGAGACCCGACGUGACGAGCCCCGCAUUAGGACGCAGCCGCAGCAUGUCGACGCCCUCCAGGACUCACAGCAGACACAGUGACACAGAUGGCAAGAAACCGAGCAGUAAAGUGCAGCACAUCAUGGACGAGAUGAUCUCCACCGAGAGGGAGUACGUCCGCUCUCUCAGCUACGUCAUCGAGCACUAUUUCCCCGAGAUGGAGCGGCUGGAUUUGCCCCAGGACCUGCGGGGGAAGCGCGGCAUCAUUUUCGGCAAUGUGGAGAAACUGUGGGACUUCCACAGUCAGUACUUCCUGAAGGAGCUGGAAUCAUGUGCCCACUCCCCACUGUCCAUCAGUAGCUGUUUUCUCAGACAUGAGGAUCAGUUUGGAAUGUAUGCCCUGUACAGCAAGAAUAAGCCCCAGUCGGAUGCUCUGCUCAGCAGCCAUGGGAACGAAUUCUUUAAGAAUAAGCAGCUGGAGCUCGGAGACAAGAUGGACUUGGCGUCGUACUUGCUGAAGCCCAUCCAGAGAAUGAGUAAAUAUGCGCUGUUGCUGAAAGACCUGAUUAAGGAGUGCAGUCAGACCCAGGAGCAGGAGCUAAGCGACCUCCGCACUGCAGAGGAGAUGGUCAAGUUUCAGCUCCGCCAUGGCAACGACCUGCUGGCUAUGGAUGCCAUUCGGGGCUGUGAUGUGAACCUAAAAGAGCAGGGUCAACUCCGCUGCCAGGAUGAGUUCAUAGUCUGGUGUGGACGGAGGAAAUACCUCCGCCACGUCUUCUUGUUUGAAGACCUCAUCCUCUUCAGCAAGACCAAGAAGAUAGAAGGAGGAUAUGACUUUUACAUAUAUAAACAGUCCUUCAAAACAGCAGAGAUAGGUAUGACUGAAAAUGUUGGCGACAGCGGCCUACGCUUUGAGAUUUGGUUCCGUCGGAGGAAGUCACAGGACACGUUUAUACUCCAAGCGAGCUCCGCAGACGUCAAGGCUGUGUGGACCGCCAUCAUAGGGAAGAUUCUGUGGAGGCAGGCACUCAGAAACAGAGAGUUGCGCAUGCAGGAGAUGGUGUCCAUGGGGAUUGGAAGCAAGCCUUUCAUGGACAUCAAGCCAAGUGAUGCAGCUAUCAGUGACCGAGCUAUUGACUAUAUCAUGAAGGGGUCAGAGUCUAGGACCAGGGCAUCCAUCGCCGUGCCUUCAUUUGAACAUGCUACUUCAUUCAAGAGGCCUCACUCCACCAUUUCCAACAGCAGCACCUCUUCCUCCAGCAGCCAGUCGUCAUCCUCCCUGCUGGGCUCGCUCAAUCUUCAUCUUUAUUCCUCACCCUCUCACCCGCACACGCAUCCAUACCUAGUGCCCAGCGUUCCCUCCUUCGCCCAGUGGCCCUACGACUGCAUAGAAGAAGAUGAGCUGGAGCAGGACAAUGGGAGCCAGCCCUCCAUGAUAACUGAGAGCUCAGAGACAUCCUCCCAGUGUACCUCCACUGACAGUGUAACAGGGCUGAGUACCCUCACUAUACCCGGGGACCCCAGCAUUGUCAUGGACUCCUACAGCAACAACAACAACGAGCCCUCGUCUUUCCUGUGCUCCUCCACGCCUCCCUCCUCCAUCGCGUCUCCUUCCAUAUUUGAGAAAGAGGAGGACCUCCAACCCCAGAGCAGCAAGUUCAUCACAGCAAGCAAGACCUCUCAUAUAGCAGUAGGCCUCUCUACUGUGGUCUGACUCAGAGCUGGGGGGUUUUAGCUCACUGUGAAGUCCUCAAGCUGAAUGCUACUUGUUGCAACAGCAGCUUGUAUAUCAGGACAAGGAGAUGAAAAUAAGAGGAGUCCAUCUUCGCAGCACUAAGACAUAAAUGGAUGAAGCUCAACUAGACAUUGCAUUACAAUACUGUAAAUUGGAAAUUAACACAUAAUACACACUGCCAUGAUGGUACGUCAGUGGUCUGUACAUUUGUUUUAAUGAACUAGGUAUGAAUCAGUGUUUAUAUUGUAGAUGAGUUUUUUUUAUAUGUAUUUUACAAAACAAACAAAAAAUUAGCCAGAAGAUCAAUCCAGACAACUUGUACUGUCAUGUCUUUUGUUUUCUUUUGUCAUCUGUUAUGACAAGUUUGUACAGAUGAUUAAAAUGUUUAAAACA